GAUCAUCAUUGACUUGGCAACACAGAUGCAAGUAGUUCGGAAGGAAACGACUUUUCAUGCCCAAUGUAAUAAUAAUCACUUCUUCUUCAUCAUCUUCUCCUUCCUUCCUCAGUUGUGACUUGUUGUCUCUCAAGCUUCACAACGAUGGUGACGGAGCUCAACCCUAACAACUUCCCCGUUCUUUCUUACGUCUUAGAUCGCCUCCCUUCCUUCACCGCCAAAUCCUCUUCCGAUGGAGAUAAACCACCGUCCAAAUCCGAUCCAUCCUCGUCCUCGAGCCACUCCAUCGAGAUCGUUACUCAGAUGCCUCACUUAGCUCACCCCGACGUCCUCGCUUCCAUGACAAGCGCCAUCGCCGACGUCUCGCAGACCCGAUCCGUCCUCCGAACCUUAGGACCGAGACCAGAUCACGAGACCGUCGACAAAGCGCGCGCGAGACUCGCGGAGAUCGACGCGUCCUUGUCCGAGUCCUUCGAGGAGAUCGCUCUCUCUGCUAACGACGUCGACGUGGCGGAGAAAGAGCAGAAGAGGAGGGAAGCCGUGGAUCAAGAGAAGACUUGGUACAACUCCAUCCUUAAGCUUAACGAGCUUCACGAGUCGUACGAGAAGCUUUUGAAAGAAGGAGAGGAGAGGCUCGUGAGGAUCUACGAGUCGGCUGAGAAGAACGCGGCGGCUGUGGCCGAGGAGGAAGCUAAGGAGGUUGAAGUUAAUGAGGAGGUUGUGAGUAUAUUGCAGCAAGCUGAGGAGAAACCGUUGGAUCGAGUUGAUUUGUCUGGGAGGAAACUGAAACUGCUCCCUGAAGCGUUUGGUCGGAUCCAAGGUCUCCUUGUCCUUAACCUCUAUAACAAUCAGCUUGAGGCCAUUCCUGAUUCGAUUGCUGGAUUGCACAGCCUACUUGAACUUGAUUUGUCCACCAAUUUUCUAGAGACAUUACCUGAUUCUAUUGGUUUACUGUCCAAACUAAAGAUCUUGAAUGUCUCUUGUAACAAACUCACAACUUUACCUGAUUCCAUCUGCAAAUGUGGGUCUUUGGUUGUCUUGGACGCGAGCUACAACAACCUCACCUACUUACCAACCAACAUUGGAUUCGAGCUAGUUCAUCUAGAGAAACUCUUGAUCCAUCUCAACAAAAUCAGAUCCUUACCAACAUCCGUCGGCGAAAUGAGAUCCUUACGCUACCUUGACGCACACUUCAACGAACUUAACGGUCUCCCAGAAUCAUUCGGGAUGCUCACUAACCUCGAGUAUCUCAACCUGAGCAGUAACUUCAGCGACCUCCAAGAUCUUCCUGCUUCGUUCGGAGAUCUCAUUAGCCUCCAAGAACUAGACUUGAGCAACAACCAGAUCCAUUCUCUGCCCGACGCUUUCGGCACGCUGGUGAACCUGACUAAACUGAACUUGGACCAGAACCCGCUCGUGGUCCCACCCGAGGAAGUGGUGAAACAGGGCGUGGAUGCGGUUAAAAUGUAUAUGGGUAAGAGAUGGGUUAGUAUGUUGGAAGAGGAAGAGAAGAUGGCUAACAUGAAGGAAGAGAUGGAGCAGGCAAACGCGGACUGGCUUGCUCGAACCACUUCGAAGCUGAAAACGUAUGUGACUGAGGUAUCUGAGUAUCUUGGCUCGAAUUCGCCAAAAGAUCCUUUCCUUGACCAGCAGCUAUGAAGUGAAUCUUAGCUUCAUUUACCAUUUUUCUAAGAACAUGCAUGAAGAAACAAGAAACGUUUUAUCCAAGUUAUCAUCAUUCAGUCUUGAGUUUUCCUUCCUUGCUGCUCUGUUUCAGUAUAUAGAUUAUUAUCUUUUUUUGUUUCUGGUUUUAAAAUUUUACUUUUUGAGAAUGAAUGUUCUGGUUCUUCAACAAUUCUGAGAGAGGGAAAUAGAGUUCGUGCUAAGAAGUACAACACUUGCAUUUU